UUCUUUCUACUCUUUUAGAGUUCAUUUUGUUUUAUAUCCUUAAAUCAACCUUACCCCACAAUCUCUCUCUCUCUCUCUCUCUCUCUGUCUCUCUCUCUCUUCUGUCCUCCAUUUUUCGCUCCUUAAAACAACCAUUUCAUCACCUAAAUCCAACCCUCUUAUUGCCAUGGGCGUGGACAUGUCUAACAACCCACCAACUUCUCGUACCAAAGACUUCUUCGCUUCUCCUGCUCUUUCCCUCAGUCUCGCUGGCAUAUUUCGCGAUGCGGGUGCUGCUGCUUCCCCAGCCAAUACUCAUGACCAGGUAGAGGAAGGAGAUGAAGGAAGCGGAGGCGGAGGAUCGAGAAGAGAAGAAACAGUGGAGAUUAGUAGCGAAAACUCAGGCCCCGGAAGAUCAAGAUCAGACGAUGAGUUCGAUGGAGGCGAAAACGAUGAAGAUGAUGAUGGAGAUAAGAACAAGAAGAAGAAGAGGAAGAAGUAUCAUCGUCACACUGCUGAACAAAUCAGAGAAAUGGAAGCGCUUUUCAAGGAGUCUCCACAUCCUGAUGAGAAGCAAAGGCAGCAACUGAGCAAACAAUUAGGCCUUGCUCCUAGACAAGUCAAGUUUUGGUUCCAAAAUCGUCGAACACAAAUCAAAGCUAUACAAGAACGCCAUGAAAAUUCAUUGUUGAAAGGCGAAAUGGAGAAGCUCCGAGAUGAGAACAAAGCCAUGAGAGAAGCCAUUAACAAAGCUUGUUGUCCCAACUGUGGCACUGCCACUACUAGCAGGGACACUUCCAUGACCUCUGAAGAACAACAACUACGUAUAGAAAAUGCUAAACUCGACGGCAAGCCAAAACGAUCCAUUGAAGCCUCAAGAGACACUGGCGUUGUGUUUGUUGAUCUUCCCAGGCUUGUUCAAAGUUUCAUGGAUGUGAAUCAAUGGAAGGCAAUGUUUCCAGGCUUAAUCUCAAAGGCAGCCACUGUUGAUGUUAUCUGCAAUGGUGAAGGUCCUAGCAGAGAUGGCGCAGUGCAGUUGAUGUUUGCAGAGCUGCAAAUGCUUACACCAAUGGUGCCAACAAGAGAAGUUUAUUUUGUUAGAUUCUGCAAGCAAAUAAGUGCUGAACAGUGGGCAAUUGUCGAUGUCUCCAUUGACAAAGUUGAAGAAAACAUUGAUGCAUCUUUAGCCAAAUGCAGAAAACGUCCAUCUGGUUGCAUCAUUGAAGAUAAAUCAAAUGGCCACUGUAAGGUGAUAUGGGUGGAACAUUUAGAGUGCCAGAAAGCUCCAGUUCACACCAUGUAUAGGACAAUUGUUAGCAGUGGUUUAGCCUUUGGUGCUAGGCAUUGGAUGGCAACGUUGCAGCUUCAAUGUGAAAGGCUUGUCUUCUUCAUGGCAACUAACGUUCCCACAAAGGAUUCAACUGGUGUGGCAACACUAGCUGGGAGGAAGAGCAUUUUGAAGUUGGCACAGAGAAUGACAUGGAGCUUUUGUCGUGCCAUCGGUGCGUCGAGCUACCAUACAUGGAGCAAGGUCUCAGGCAAAACUGGAGAAGACAUUAGGGUUUCUUCCAGGAAGAACUUGAAUGAUCCUGGAGAACCUCUUGGAGUGAUCUUGUGUGCAGUUUCUUCUUUUUGGUUGCCGGUAUCCCCUCAUGUUCUGUUCGAUUUCUUAAGAGAUGAAGCUCGUCGAAAUGAGUGGGAUAUCAUGUCAAGUGGAGGUCCUGCACAAGCCAUAGCAAACUUGGCCAAGGGGCAAGAUCGUGGCAACGCAGUAACAAUACAGACAAUGAAAUCAAAAGAGAACAGCAUGUGGGUACUGCAAGAUACCUGCACAAAUUCAUAUGAAUCAAUGGUGGUUUGUCCUGUAGACAUUAAUGGCAUGCAGUCAGUCAUUACCGGAUGUGACUCCAGCAACAUUGCUGUAUUGCCUUCAGGAUUCUCAAUUCCUGAUGGACUUGAGACAAGGCCUCUAGUGAUUACUUCUAGGCAAGAGGAGAAGAGCACAGAAGGAGGGUCUUUGCUCACAAUAGCAUUCCAAAUCCUGACAAAUAGCUCUCCAGCCAAGCUAACAGUGGAAUCUGUGGAAUCUGUUAACACUAUAUCAUGCACCAUUGAGAAAUUUAAGACAAGCCUACAAUGCGAAGACACAUGAUCACCACAGCUUAUAAACUACUAGGUAGACACAAAUAAUUGUAAAAACAUAGGUUUUUCUAAAUUUUUUAAUCAACUUGUUACGUUUAGCAGACGAGCUGUAUUAUUCUAGUUGUUUUAUUUGUUAUUUGAUUAGAAUGAAGGGCUUGGUGUUCAAGUGAUUUGUAAUCACCAAAAUCUGGAAGGGAGAUUUGAGGGA